AAACCCAGCAGCCAUUUUCUCUUCUCAUAUUGUAACUUAUUGUUUUUUUUUUUUUUUCCUUUUAUACUUUUAAGUUCUUAGAGAUAUGGGUCAUCAUUCUUGUUGCAAUCAACAAAAGGUUAAGCGUGGCCUAUGGUCGCCGGAGGAGGACGAGAAGCUCAUCCGCUACAUAACUACUCAUGGUUACGGUUGCUGGAGUGAAGUCCCCGAGAAAGCAGGGUUACAAAGAUGUGGGAAGAGUUGUCGUUUAAGGUGGAUAAAUUAUUUGAGACCGGACAUUAGAAGAGGGAGAUUUACACCUGAAGAGGAGAAAUUGAUCAUCAGCCUUCAUGGGGUUGUCGGAAACAGAUGGGCCCACAUAGCAAGUCAUCUGCCGGGAAGAACAGACAACGAGAUAAAAAACUAUUGGAACUCGUGGAUUAAGAAAAAGAUUCGAAAGCCCAACUCUACGACUCCAACCAUAUCUGCUACCACCACAGUCACCUCCACCACGAACACCACCGAGCAAAUCCAACUAAGUUCGAAUCCCCACCAACUCAACUUCCUCACUCAAGACCUAACAACCAAACAACUCUCCCUUCAUCAAGAAACCCUAUUUCCAGCCCUUUCAUGUCCUCUCUUUAUGUUUGACACAUCCUCUCAAGAACUAUUCCACGAUUAUUCACUUAGUCUCAACUCAGAUACUACUUGGCACAUGAACCACCACAACCACCCGUUUCCCACGGCGGUGCUUAGCCCUCAAAUGGGGUUGACCACUGCAUCGACCACAGUUAUGAAUAACACAAAUAACUAUUUGCCACCAUUGAUAGAGAAUAUUGAAAGCUUGGUGACAAUGGAGGAUGAAGGAGAGAUGGCAUUGCAGUGCUUGCAAAGGCAAGAGCUGAACGAGUGGGUGGUUGAGUCAACAACUCAGCCACAGAACUCUAAUUUUCUAUUUUGGGAAAAUGUUGAAGGAUCUCUAGGUGGGGAAGAAAUUAUUGCACCAUCUUCAAAUGCUACCAUUGGAGGAGGAGGAGGAGCUAAUACUUUAUCAUCUUCUAAUUUCCCUACAUCUCUAUAAAAAAAAAAUAUAUAUAUAUAUAUAUAUAUAUAUAUAUAUAUAAUUUUUAUUUAUCCAAAACGGGAAAAAAAAAGAAAAAAGAUUAAAAAAAAAAAGAGACUAAAUUUUAAGUUUCUUUUUUUUUUCUUAUUACUAUUGGAAGAGAUUUUUUGUGGGUUUGUUUUUCUUCUCUCUCUUCUUUUUUUGCUUGAUUGUUUGCUGUGUAAAUAAUAACAUAUAUGAAAAGGGGGUGAAAAGGUUUGUUCAUUUGAGGGUUUGGAAAAUAGUAGCUAGAGAGAGUGAAGAAAAAGAAAAAAAAAAGUUGAGAAUAAAAGCAAUAUUGUGAGAAUGGGGUUUGAUUUAAUUAUAUGAUACAUAUAUAUGUGUCUAGAGAUAUAUUAUUAAUUAUGUAUAUCAAUUUAAUUGUUUGAUCCUUAA